CUGAAUAGAAAAAAAAAUAUUUGAUUUCAGAUUUUUCACACGAAACCGAUUCCCACCUUAACUCAACAAAAUAAGCAAAAUGAUUCUCCAGGAAACCAGUUAGAGCAAUUUUUAUAUAGAAAGUAGUAAUUUAAAUUAGUUCUACCUUCGUUUUAUAUAUAUCUUCUUAUCUUGACGAAUCCAAUCCUGAUAGAAAACUUUCUAGUAACGGCUCAAUGUUGUUUAGCAUCCCAAUUAAUUUUCACUAACCCUGCAUUAGUCAGGAUUGGCCAUCCCCACCUACUCCUCCAUGAACUCUCACAUCUCCUAUAUAUACGCCUCCUAAACCCAAUUCUUUUCAUUCCUCUACCUUUUAGUUGUUUCAAGUGAGUUUCUGCAGCAGAGAAUAGUUUCUGAUAGCUUAAAAGUACCCAUCUUUCUCUUUCUUCUCACUUUUCUUUAUUUUCAAUAAUCAAGAUCAAGAAAUUCAUCGAUCGGCAUACACGUUGUUAAUUUUGGCUAGUAGUAUUAUCAUGAUGCCGAGUGAAAACGAAGAUCAGUCCGACAAAGAACCAUUCAUAGAAAUCGACCCAACGGGCCGCUACGGCCGGUACAACGAGCUCCUAGGUUGCGGGGCUGUGAAAAAGGUGUACCGGGCUUUCGAUCAAGAGGAGGGCAUAGAGGUAGCAUGGAACCAAGUGAAGCUACGUAACUUUACCAACGAUCCUGCUAUGAUCGAGAGGCUCUACUCCGAGGUUCGGCUUCUGAGGUCGUUGACGAACAAGAACAUCAUCACUUUGUACAACGUGUGGCGGGACGCUGAGCAUAACACUCUCAAUUUUAUUACUGAGGUUUGUACAAGCGGGAAUUUGAGGGAGUACAGGAAGAAGCAUAAGCAUGUUUCGAUGAAGGCCUUGAAGAAGUGGUCAAAACAGAUCUUGGCAGGGUUGCGGUAUUUGCAUACUCAUGAACCUUGUGUUAUUCAUAGAGAUCUCAAUUGCAGCAAUGUCUUUAUCAAUGGGAAUGUUGGCCAGGUGAAGAUUGGUGAUUUGGGAUUGGCUGCUAUAGUGGGGAAGAACCAUUCAGCGCAUUCAGUGUUAGGGACCCCAGAAUUUAUGGCACCAGAGCUGUAUGAAGGAGAUUACACUGAGAUGGUGGACAUUUACUCAUUUGGUAUGUGUGUGCUUGAGAUGGUGACCUUGGAAAUACCCUAUAGUGAAUGUGACAAUGUUGCUAAAAUAUACAAGAAGGUAUCCUCAGGAGUAAGACCCCAGGCCUUGGACAAAAUCAAAGACCCGGAGGUGAGAGCGUUUGUUGACAAGUGCCUCACCCAGCCUAGAGCGAGACCUUCUGCCACUGAACUUCUCAAGGACGCGUUCUUUGAUGAAAUUGAAGACGACGAUAAUGAUCAAGACGUUUGACCAUGAGCACUCAUAACUAUCUAUGUCUUUAGGUUUGUGUAAUUGACCACUAAUGUGGAUUAGUGCUUUGAUUUUUAUUUUUAGCUUUUGUUCAAGCUGUACAUAGGGAUGUCAAUUCUAGUCAUUAAACCCGAUAACCGUGAAUAAUUGUCCGAAUUGAACGAAUUUGGGUAUGGAAGUUUGGGUAUAUUUUGGAUAUAAGGAAAAACCGUUUAUAUUA